AUGGGGGAUAUGGCAAACGACAUCAAGCUCCUCAAGGGCAGCAGCCAUGGGGAAUUGUCCGAGAAGGUCGCUCAGCGGUAUGAUCCUCUGUGGUAUAGAGGAAUGUACAAGAAGAAGCGGUCGCUGACCGUCCGCGACGAGGAUGUUUUCAUCGUCCAGUCCAGCGAGCCCGGCAACAUUAACGACGGGCUCAUGGAGCUUCUCAUCAUGAUCCACGCCUGCAGAACCGCGUCUGCCCGCCGAAUCACCGCCGUCAUCCGUCAGUCUACCCAACUCCGUCUCCGAAAGAUCUAUAAGGAUGUCGCAGUGCUGAGGAGGACCGCUCGCUGA